AUUUCAAGUGCAGCAUGAUCGCACAUGUCUGACAGUGUAGAUUACCUUACGCAAACUUACAUGUAUUAUUUGUUAGUUUUUUAAGUCAUGCAACGACUAUUAACCAUUUUUUUAAGGUCUUUCCUUUUGCGAAAGACUUGGAACAACACGUGAUUUAUCGAGCGUGCAUGUUUGAGGCGAGUUGAAAUUUAUAGGUGAUUAUGUAAGUGACGCGAGGGCGAUAAGACGUUUAUAACUGUUUGCAAAUAAAAGUAGUUUUCUAUAUUUGUGGAGGAUUUAUAUGCGUAAUAAGAUAGUUUGUGAUCGGAUUUCCAAGUUCUCAUCAAAAUCCAGAUGUGUGCACGCAGAUGCAUGUGCGUAUGAACCGGACAGAGAAUAAAGAAGGCUGAAAAAAUUGUGAUGCCAACCAACAAGUACACAUCCGCUAUCAUGGCGGAAAGUGACAAGAUGACUGCCACGGCUGCUGUAAAUGGUGAUGCGGCUGUGGGAGAGGGAGUGUCGCAGAACGACAGCGGUCUGGAAAUGACCAGUGAGAACAGCCCGCUGACCGCAGCAGAGCCACCUUCACCUUUUAGUCCCAAACUAAACGGAGGCGCGGCCUCACCCGCAGAGGAGAGUGUAAACAGCAUGAGAAGAAAGAGAUCUCGUAAGCGCUCAGAAACAGAGGAGGACAGUGCCUGGGACUCUUCAUACAGUGAGGAAAAAGUUGAUGUCGAGUCCGGUUGUGAGACAGGUUUGCGACAAAGGCCUCGUCCCAGGACCAUCUUUCAGGCUGGACUGACAGCCCGCAGUAAACCCCGGAAUAGAGAAAGUGGGCUGAGCAAACAAGAGCAAAACAACCUGUCUAGUGUCUGGUCUCGUUGGUAUAAGGGUCUUGUCACUCCUCCAGCUACCACCUCUAAGGAAAAUUCUGAUUAUGAGGUUACUGAAGGCGCCGUUCUUGAACUGAUGGAGCAAGACUCUAAAGACUCUGCACAAAGCAGUUCCACCUCCACAUACACCACCGACACAGCCAGCCAACCAGAGUACAAGGAUAAUAAAGGUUUUGGAAUUGGAGAGUUAGUCUGGGGCAAAAUAAAAGGUUUUUCCUGGUGGCCAGGUAUGGUGGUGACCUGGAGAGCAACAGGGAAGAGACAAGCCUCACACGGCAUGCGCUGGCUGCAGUGGUUUGGAGACGGAAAAUUCUCAGAGGUGUCCGCCGACAAACUGGAUUCCAUCACAGCCUUCCCAAAGUUUUUCAACCAGUCAUCUUACACCAAGCUGGCCUCCUAUCGUAGAGCCAUAUUCCAGGCCCUGGAGGUUGCCAGUAUACGUGCAGAGAAGACAUUUCCUCCCUGCGAGUCAGACAGUGUUGAAGAACAGAUAAAGCCCAUGCUCGACUGGGCUCACGGCGGCUUUCUGCCCAAGGGUCAGGAGGGCCUGAAACCAAGAGAAGACACGGCUGAGUAUUGUGUUUUUCCCCUGGCCUCAGAGAGCUCACCACAGCUGGACUCUGGCCCUCCAGAAUUUCCCCCAGCUGCCAAAAGAGCUCGACUUAGCAUCUGCAAGGCCAAACCUGGCACUGAGGACGUCUACAGCAGAGAACAAAUGGUCAAUGAAGUUUUGAAGAAUCACAGAAGUAUAGAAGAGUUUUGCCUUUCUUGUGGAAAAACGAGAGUGGCAACCUUCCAUCCCCUGUUUGAAGGAGGCCUUUGCCUAACAUGCAAGGAAGUUUAUUUAGAGAUCUCCUACAUGUAUGAUGACGACGGCUACCAGUCGUAUUGCACCGUGUGCUGUGGAGGAAGGGAGGUGCUGCUGUGUGGAAACGCUAACUGCUGCAGGUGUUUCUGUGUGGAUUGUCUGGAUAUAUUGGUGGGUGCGGGAGCAGCUAACAGCGCCCGUGAUCUGGAUCCGUGGCGCUGUAACAUGUGUCAGCCAUUGCAGCAGUACGGUGUGUUGAAGAAACGUCACAAUUGGAGCUUUAAACUGCAGGAGUUCUUCGUCAGUGACAACGGACAGGAGUUUGAAAGUCCAAAGAUUUACCCUGCGGUUCCGGCAGAGCAGAGACGUCCAAUCAGAGUGCUUUCACUUUUUGAUGGCAUUGCCACAGGUUAUUUGGUGCUUCGAGACCUGGGCUUUAAGGUUGACUUGUACAUUGCAUCAGAAGUAUGCGAGGACUCCAUUUCAGUGGGUGUCGUCCGGCAUGAAGGAAAAAUUCAGUAUAUGCACGACGUUCGCAACAUUACCAGGAAAAAUAUCGCUGAGUGGGGGCCCUUUGACUUGGUGAUUGGUGGAAGUCCCUGUAAUGAUCUUUCAAUUGUCAACCCAGCCAGGAAAGGUCUGUAUGAGGGAACCGGACGGCUGUUUUUUGAGUUUUACCGCCUCUUGAGUGAAGCUAAACCAAAGGAAGGGGAAGACCGUCCUUUUUUCUGGAUGUUUGAGAACGUGGUCGCCAUGAGCAUCAACGAUAAAAGAGACAUCUCGCGAUUCCUGGAGUGUAACCCUGUGAUGAUUGACGCCAUCGAGGUGUCAGCUGCUCACAGGGCUCGGUACUUCUGGGGAAACCUACCGGGAAUGAAGAGACGUCUAUGUGCCUCUGGGAUGGAUAAAUUAGAGCUUCAGGACUGUUUGGAACAUGGCCGUGUGGCCAAGUUUGGCAAGGUACGCACCAUCACAACCCGGUCCAACUCCAUUAAGCAAGGCAAAGAUCAACAUUUCCCUGUCAUGAUGAACGGCAAAGAGGACAUCCUGUGGUGCACAGAGCUGGAGAGGAUUUUCGGCUUCCCCAUCCACUACACGGAUGUGUCCAACAUGGGUCGCGGUGCCAGACAGAAGCUGCUGGGACGGUCUUGGAGUGUACCUGUGAUCCGACACCUGUUUGCCCCACUCAAGGACUACUUUGCUUGUGAAUAGCACCUGUAGCAUCAUACAGCAAAUACAUCAAACAUAAUGGCAACGUACAAAACCAAACGUCCUGAUUAAAACAACAAGGACCUCUUGGAUACUCAUUUAUCUCCCAGAUUCGUUCUCAGUUUGGAGAGUUAAGCUGAGAGGUUGGGUUGAGGACUGCUGACCGUCAGACCCAACGGUAGUAAGUAGACACUGUGGUGUGAUGUUUAGAACAUCGUUUGUUGACACAUGGUCAGCUUUUGUACUAGACGUUCGUAAACUUGAUGCGCCAUGUUUUUGAAGCUGUCAGUUAGAUUUGAUCAUUUAUUGUCAUCGUUUUGAAAGAGUUUUAAACAGUGCCUCACAAUUAUAUUUCAUUAUUUCAAAAAAUUGAACAAAACAAACUUCCACAGUACCUUCUUAAGCUAAAGCUAAUGCUAAAGAAUGUACAAACGGAACAAUUCUUAUCACAUAUAACGUCAUUAUAGAUUAUGGACGCUUGAAUGUGACAGAUUUCCAUUGUACUGAUGGCAUGAGAAAAUACUUGAAAUGUAUCAUUGCAAACUUGCAAACACCAAGCUGUGAGUCCUUACAAAACAAAGCUCAAGGGAUGAUUUUACCAUGCCUGAAUAGUUUUACUUUAAUUGUUUCAUUCCCCAACUAGACACUGAGACAGUGUAGUGCUUAAACAGGUGACAUUCCCUCUGUUGCACAAUAUUAAUAUAACAAGAAGGUGUGUCUGUGAGCAGAACUACAGGGCAUUAGCCUCCGCUAAACAUUACAGAAUCUUCUCCAUGACUUGUUAGAUAGAGAUGAUAAGUGUACUGUAUUUAACCUUGAAAUUAUUGUUUACAAACUUUAACACAUUUCUCGAGUUUUUGUAUAUUCCUUAAAUUGUUCGUCGUUUUGUAGAUCGACCUCUGUUACGAGGGACUGUAUUGAAAACCGUGAUGUGCUCUCAUAUAGAUGCACUUUCUUUUUACUCGUUUUUCAUAGUUGUUACAGUUUUCUAAAACAUUGUAUCACUCUAUGAUUGUUGGUAACAAGCACUCUGAUUCUUGAACUCAAAUGCCUUAAAAACAAUGAUGUGUGGUGCUUUUUGAAGAAAAACUCUACAGCCUACCUUGCAGGGUUUUAGGUUGUGAAGAAAUUGUCUUCCUUUUGUUUUAUAGAUUUAGUGCUGUAGCCCAAACUGUUAUACCACUAAUAUAUAUAUAUAUAUAUAUAUAUAUAUAUAUAUAUGCUUAAAACUACUGUCCAAACAAAAAGCUUGAAGUUUAAAGCAAUAUUAAUACAUUUCAUACAUUUUUUACUCUUUUUUUUUCUUAUUACUUUUUACUUCUUAAGACAUUUUAAGUGUUGGUCUGACAAGAAGAUGUAAAAACACCACAAAGAACAGCUUGUCUUUUCUCUUUUAUACUGUAGUGUAAUUACAAUUUUAAUAUCAUAGCCCUAAUAUUUUACUAACGAGAUCUUCCAAUUUUACAUAUGCUGUCGUUUUACUUGAUAUUUUACUUGUUUAUUUGAUAACAUUAUGAACACAUUAAUCUGUGCGUUUAAAUGUUAAAAGUACUUUAAACAGUCCCAUUUGUACAUUUUUUUACACAUUUUUCUUAUAGUUUUGCAUACAGUUCACUGUUUUUUGGGACUUACUGUGUAAAAAAAAUAACCAAAAAUGUUAACAUCAUGAGCAAAGUAAAUAAAGUUCAAGACU